GGGUAUAAAAGGUGCCAUCCCCAGCUUGGCACCACCGAUCCUCCUGCUCCUCCCUUUCAGAGCCCAGACCUCCUCCAAGGAUGAAAACCGACCUGGAGCUGGCGCUGGAGUGCGCCGUCAACGUCUACCACCGGUACGCGGUGCGGCAGCCCAUGGACGACUACCUGAGCCGGGGGGAGUUCUCCAGCCUGCUCAAGGAGACGGCCGAGCCCUUCCUGAGGAACACCGUGCCGCCCAAAACCACCAUGGACAGCUACAUCGGGCAGCUCUUCACCAAAGCCGACGCCAACCACGACGGCCGCCUCAAGUUCACCGAGUUCCUGACCACGCUGAGCCUCGUGGCCAUCGAUGCCCACAACAGGUCCCACAAGAGCCCUGGUGGUGACCAUGGCCACGACCACGGGCACGGGCACAGCCACCGUCACUGAAACGGAGCCAUCUCCCACGGCGGCCGAGCCACGGGACUCUGCGUCCCCCCAGGAGCCUCAGCCCUGCACCCAAACCUUUGUCACCUGCUUCUGCUUUGUGGCAUUGAAAUAAAGUCCCUUCCUUUGAGCACCAAA